AUGUCCAAAAUCAUUGCUGUUGGGUCAGAUGGGGCUGCUGUUAUGACUGGACGCAAGAAUGGUUUCGUGGCAUUGCUCAACAAGGAAUCAACUGUGCCUGUCAUCGGUGUCCACUGCAUUGCUCAUCGCCUUGCCCUGGUUACUAGCCAGGCUGCUGAAAAUGUUCCCUAUCUGAAGAAAUUUCAAGGGACAUUAUCAGACAUUUUCUAUUUCUUCAAGAAAUCCUCUGUCCGACGGGAACGUCUUUAUGCACUAGAGGAGGUGCUUGAAUGCGAAAAUGUCACAUACAAAGAAAUUCACAGCGACUUGGAAGCCCUUGGCUCUGUUCUUGGAGAGUGGCGGGUGGAAACAAACAACAGUACUGCCAAAGGCAUCUUGCAGCGCAUUUCCUCUUACAAGUUCCUUCUUGUCCUUCACCUUCUGAUGGACAUCAUCCCCACCAUGACCAGACUAAGCCUCCAGUUUCAGAAGGAGGACAUAGACCUUGCUGCACUGAGGCCAUCCAUUGAUGCUGUUAUACAGCAACUGCAGUAUUUGAAGGAAGAAAAUGGACCGGCACUUGUACAGUUUGAAAGUCAGUGUCCAAAGGGAAGCUGCGAGUUUGAUGGUGUCCCAAUAACAUCAGAGGCUGGCGUUGAGAAGCGGUUCUCAAAUGUUCGGGCUGCUUUCCUGCAAAACCUAAUGAGCGAGCUUGAGUGCAGAUUCCCAGCUGUGGCCACUGAUGUUGUGACAUGCAUGUCAGUACUGUCACUGAGGGGACUCUCUUUCUUGUCUGAAGAUGCUAGAAAACACUGGGGUACAGAACAACUUCAAAACAUCAUUGACUUCUACAGUCAUCGUGAGAAGACCUUUGUAGAUGCUGAGGAGACCCUGAGAGAAUGGGCAAUGUGCAAGGAUAUGGUGCAUCAGCAGCAUUAUCCUUGUACAAGUAUCUGUCAGUUAUGGCAGAUACUGUCGUCAAGACACCCUGAUACAUUUCCAAAUCUGUUCAAGAUUGCACAAGUUGCUGUCCUGUUGCCCCUUCAAACAGCAACUGUUGAGAGGGGUUUCAGUGUUCAAAACCUCAUAAAGAGGUCACACAGAAACAGGCUAUCAUCAGAGCGGCUUGACACGCUGAUGCAGCUGGCUCUAGGGCCUCCUGUAAGGGAUGUUUCUCUUGCACCAGCCGUCACCAAAUGGAGAAGUGACAAAAGAGAAAGCUGUUUUGCUAAAACUAAUGUUGUUGAUGUUUUCGCAGUUCCAAAUUGA